GGUCCCAUCGGCCGCCAGACGUCAGGACUGAGGAACUGAGAGGGAGGGCUGGGGAUCUGGGAGCCCCCCUGCAGGGUUCUGAGCUGGGCAGCCACCUGGGCCCCCUCGUCCCCGUACCCCCCUCUGGAGGGUGGCCGGCUCUCAGCUCAGCCCCUUUGCUCCCCCCACUCCCAGCCCAGGAGGCAGACACAUGAUGUUCUCCAGGAAGAAGAGGGAGCUGAUGAAAACCCCAUCCAUUUCCAAAAAGAGCCGGGCAGGAAGCCCCAGCCCCCAGGCCCCCUCGGAGCUACCCAGGAAGGAUGCCACAGAGCUGUCGUCUUAUGCCACUGGAUCAGACUCGUCUCCCAGCGGGACCAAGUUGGGCUCGGGUACUCUCAAGCGCCCAACUAGCCUCAGCCGCCAUGCCAGCGCGGCAGGCUUCCCCCUCUCGGCCCCAGCCACCUGGACCCUGGGCAGGGGUCAUAAGAGCCCCAUGAGCAACAGCCCCAUGGAAGGCAGCGAUGGGCUCUUCAUGGAUGUGGAGGACAUCUCCCAGCUGCUGGCCCACGUGGCCCGAUUUGCAGAGGCCUUGGAGAAGCUCAAAGACACAAUCCUGAGAGAGGAGCAAUUGGAUACCCGGCGCCCGUUGGCCCACGAGUGCCUGGGUGAAGUCCUGAGGGUCCUCCGGCAGGUCAUCAGCAAGUACCCUCUGCUCAACACUCUAGAGACCCUCACUGCUGCUGGGACACUCAUCUCUAAGGUCAAAGGGUUCCAUUAUGAGUCAAACAAUGAAUCUGAUAAGCGGGAGCUGGAGAAGGCUCUGGAGACAAUCGCAGUGUCCUUCAGCAGCACUGUGUCCGAGUUCCUCAUGGGCGAGGUGGACAUCAGUACCCUCCUUUCUGUGCCUCCCAGUGACCAGAACCAGUCCAUGGAAAACCUCUACGGGGGCCUCUCAGGGCAGUGCACAGAUAGCGUGUCCCCUGGUGCCGAAUCCUUUGGCUGCCUACUGGCAGACGACGUGGACGUGGAUGUGGUGCUGCAGCGCUGUGAGGGGGGUGUGGAUGUGGCCUUGCACUACGCCAAGAACAUCGCCAAGUAUAUGAAAGAUCUCAUCUAUUACCUGGAGAAGCGGACGAUGCUUGAGAUGGAGUUUGCUAAAGGUCUGCAGAAGAUCGUCAACAGCUGCAAACAGACAAUCACCCAGGAGCCCCACAUGCCUUUCCUCUCCAUCUAUUCCCUGGCCUUAGAGCAGGACAUGGAGUUUAGCCAUGGAAUGCUGCAGGUGGUGGCUACCCUGCAGAACCAGACCUUCAUGCAGCCCCUGACCCUGCGGCGUCUAGAACAUGAAAAGAAAAGGAAGGAGAUCAAGGACCAGUGGCAUCGGGCUCAGAGGAAGCUGCAAGAAGCAGAGAGCAACCUUCGAAAGGCAAAGCAGAGUUAUAUGCAGCGCUGUGAGGACUACGAGAAGGCCCAGUAUCUGACUGUCAAGGCCGAGGAGGAGCAGGGCGGUGGCGGCGGGGCUAGUGCAGGCAGUGGGGCCAGUAGUGCUGCCACAAAGGCCCUGGACAAAAAGAGGAGGCUGGAGGAAGAAGCCAAGAACAAGGCAGAAGAGGCCAUGGCCACGUACCGCACCUGCAUCGCCGAUGCCAAGACGCAGAAACAAGAGCUGGAGGACGUGAAGGUGAACGCUCUACGUCAGAUCCAGGAGGUCAUAAAGCAGAGUGACCAAAUUAUCAAGUCGGCCACCAUCUCCUACUACCAGACCAUGCACAUGCAGACGGCCCCACUGCCCGUCUACUUCCAAACCAUGUGUGAGAGCAGCAAGCUGUAUGACCCGGGGCAGCAGUACGCCUCCCACGUGAGGCAGCUUCAGCGGGACGCCGAGCCAGACACUCAGUACGACUUUGAGCCCUAUGUGUCCCACAACACCUGGUCCCCCUUGGUCCGGGCGAGGAAGUCCAGCUUCAAUGCCGGUGAUGUGAGCGGUGGAACAGAGGGUGCCAGCCCUCCCCGAGAGGGAGGAGGAUCUGAUGGAGGGGCAGUUCCUAAGGACCGGCGAGGUGGGCGGGGCCACCAGGUCCAUAAGUCAUGGCCCAUCUCCAUGACUGACUCGGAUAGCAGCUUGGACCCCAGCGCCACUGGUGCAGCAGGGGACUUCCAGAAGAUCGAGCGGACCUCAUCCAGUGGCACCAUGUCAUCCAGCGAGGAAUUGGCUGAAAAGGAGGGCAACUCAACCACAUUUGAACAGACAGACCUCAAUGGCAUUGCCCCCGAGAUCCCGGUCCCCACCGGCCCCUUCCGAAAUGUGGGGCUCUCCAAGGCAGCCCAGACUCACCGACUUCGGAAGCUGCGUACUCCUUCCAAGUGCCGUGAAUGCAACAGCUACGUCUACUUCCAGGGAGCCGAGUGCGAGGAGUGCUGCCUGGCAUGUCACAAGAAGUGUCUGGAGACUCUGGCCAUCCAGUGUGGCCACAAGAAACUGCAGGGCAAGCUCCAGUUGUUUGGACAGGACUUUCAGAAGGCAGCCCAGGGCACCAGCGAUGGCAUCCCCUUCAUCAUCAAGAAAUGCCUGUCGGAAAUUGAGAGACGGGCACUCAGGACCAAGGGGAUCUACCGGGUCAACGGGGUGAAGACGAGGGUGGAGAAGCUCUGCCAGGCGUUUGAGAAUGGCAAAGAGCUGGUGGAACUGUCUCAGGCCUCCCCGCACGACAUCAGCAACGUCCUGAAGCUCUACCUGCGGCAGCUGCCCGAGCCCAUCCUUUCCUUCCGCCUGUAUCAUGAACUCAUGGGGUUGGCCAAGGAGAGCCUGAAGGCUGAGGCAGAAGCCAAGGCGACUCGGGGCCGAUCAGAAUCGGACAGAGACAAGGAGCAGGAUACAGAAGCCAUGACGAGCAGGCUCCGGGACCUCAUGAAGGAGCUGCCCGUGGAGAACAAAGCCACACUGCAGUACCUCAUUCGGCACCUUCGCAGGAUUGUGGAGGUGGAGCAGGACAAUAAGAUGACUCCUGGCAACCUGGGCAUUGUCUUUGGGCCUACUCUCCUACGGCCUCGGCCCACUGAGGCCACCGUGUCUCUCUCCUCACUGGUGGACUACCCGCACCAGGCUCGCAUUGUGGAGACCCUCAUCUCCUUCUACGAAGUCAUCUUUGAGAUCCCAGCUGGGGAGGUGCAGGAAGAGAGCCCCAACAACGAGGAUGGACCAUCUUCCCAGCAUCCUGGGGGUGAGAGACCUUUCUUGGAGGAGAACAGAGAAGCACCUGAACUAGAUUACCAAACAGAUGCAUAUGGAGAAUCCAUUAACCGUUCCAAUGACUCAGACUCAGAGCUGGAAGACAACUCAGAAUUGCAGGUGUCUGAUGGUGCCAGUGCCCUGCACCGACUCAGCCUCUUGAUGAAGCAGGAAAGUGAGACUAGCACUGAGGAAGGGUCCCAGAGCCACAGGGGAAGUGUGGAGCACCUGGACCCAAUCAGAGGGGAGCACAGUGACGGGGAUGAAGAUCAGGACCCAAGCAGAGAGGUCCUGGUCCUGCAGCUGUCCUCUUAUAACAGCAACCAGUCCAAUAAUGUCCUCCAGGCAGGGCUCGACUCUGCCCAGGAGGCACGGGCAGGUGGCUGGCAACUUCCUGCAGUCCGGCUACGUGGUGGGAAGAUCACCAUGGGCACUCACAGGGAAAGGCGGCCAGAGUUUGUUUGAACUUAAGCUGUCAGCAGAGAACUUGAUCUCUGCAACAGAAUUUGGGGAAAGUAACAGACCUAUAUGAGACAUAAAAGAAAAAAAUUGGGAUGAGGAAGACUGGCCAGGUGAGACCUGGGAUGAAUAACCAGCUCUGCAGCUGGUUCUGGUGGAGAUAAGGCUCCUCCAGAUGUUCUGCAGAACUUCACAAAAGCAACCUUGUCUGAAUAUAGAUGAGAGAGAUACGGCUGCCACAGCUCAGGUCAUCCUACCUUGUCCCUUUUCCCUGGUUCCCUGUGGGAAUUCUGAUGGAUUUUUUCACCUUUUUUCCCUCUAUGGAUCUGGAAGUACUUCCAUCCUGGGAUUCCUGAUUACUGCUACCUGGCCUGCUGUUUCAGAGGGGCACAACUCUAUUUUAAAACAGAUGAUUUUUGCCAGUGGGUUACUUUUUUUAAAAAAUGUUUUUUAUUUUUUUUGAGUAUGGAGGCAAGGGAUCAUUCAGGGGAAAAAUAUAAGUGAUGUGAUAUAUCCCCUGAGCUGGCUUGGAUUCAGUGCCCCCAGAGACCCAAACGCGUUGCUUGAGCAUAUUAGAAGAGGCAUUGAGUAAGGCGGGUUCCUUCUCUUUUAAUGUAGACUGGUCUCUCACAACCUCUUACCAGGCCCCUGGUGGGCCUAGGGUAAAUGAAAAAAUGAACCAGACUUCUGAGCUACAGCCCUUACACACAAUUAGGUUCCUGAUCUAUUUGGGAGAUGGUGGGGAGGGCAAGACUUUUAAACAUCGCAAAUUAUAUGGUGAUUUUGAAAUCCAUAGGUGUGGAUAUGACAUCCUCAUGUCAAAAUUAAAACAAAGAUUUGUUUCUUCUCUAAUUCGGACCUCACCUUUAAUCUCUACCCCAAAGAUCCUGAAGAAUAUCUGGCUGGUCAUAGUUACUGCCCAGGGAGACUGGUUUCAUAAACUGGAAAAAUCCCAUUCCAGGUCUGGAUUCUACCAGUACAGUGUUAAGUGCACUUAGGAGGAUCCUGAGUCAGAAGCCAGUUUUGAUAUCUGUGCCCCACCCAGCUUCCCCUGGCCCACAAAGAGGUCUUGCGUAGGAUACUCUAUAGCACUUCCAUGUGACAGCAGUGUAGGGUAUCACUGGAAUGCUGACCGGGCUCUUAACUCCCUGAAGCUGACUCAUCCCUCAGUUUAUAUACCAUCCUUACAAUGUUGUUGAAGCUAGGCUCUCAUCUAUGCUGAAAAUAAUAAUGAUCAUGAUGUACGUACAUAUGUAUACACACAUAAACACUGCUUUAAGGCUUACAAAAAGCUUUCCUCCCAACAGCCCUGAGGUAGAUGGUGCAAUAUUCCUCUCAACUCUACCUCAGGCUUAGGUUACAAGCUUGGUGGUGGCUACCCACCCGCUGUAUUAACAGCCAAGAUUCAAGCCCAAGUCUCUAGACUGAAGGUCUUUAACCUGAGCCACGUUGGGCAAUACAGGGUCUGAUUUCACCCCUUGGCUGAAGGAUACAAAGCUUUCUUCAUGCUUCUUGCAGAAGUGCUUAGAAUAGAGGAAAGAUUGUUGUGUGAACGGGAGGCACGUUUCAGCUCAGCAGCUGAGGGCAGGGCAUGUUAGUUGCCACAGAGAAUCAAUCCUGUGGUCCUUUGGUAGCACAACACUCAUGGUUUGUAUAAAUGUUUUAUUCAUCUUGCUGGGGACUUUGAAAUGCAAAUUCAAUUACAAAUAUUAAUUCCUUUGCUUAAAAUAAAAUGUUGGAGUUCAUUUCCUCC